AUGGAGAACGGCCGAGACUACGUCAUUUUAGAGAAGGAACUGGUGGAAUAUGCCAAGAAGGAAGAAGGCUGUGAAUCUGUGGGAUCAGUUUUGGUCCUCUACACGGGAGGCGCAAUUGGUAUGCAGCCUAAACAUGGAGCAUAUGAGCCGGAACCGCAUUACCUUACGAACUAUCUCACUCAAAUGCCAAUUUUUAAUGACGCUUCGUACGUUCCUACUGCCUUUUUUUGCCACGAAAAGCGCGAGGAGUUAAAGAAAAAGGAACAAAUCAACCCGCGACUGCCAACAUGUAGGCCCGCAACUGCUUCAGUUACACUCGCUACACCUUUAACUGCGGGAAAGCAUAGAAUUCUCUACAGGGUAAUAGAAUAUGAGGAGUUACUUGAUUCUUCUAACUGUGUCAUGGAUCACUGGAUCAGUCUAGCAAAAGAUAUUGAGCGGUGGUAUGAUCACUUCACCGGUUUUGUGAUCCUUCACGGUACCGAUACCCUACCUUGUGCUGCUUCGGCCUUGUCGUUUAUUUUCGAGAACCUAGAAAAGCCUGUUGUGCUCACCGGUUCGGAGCUUCCUAUAACGCAGCUUUGCAGCGAUGGACAACACAACCUACUUGGGGCUCUCCUAUUUGCUGGAGCUGAAUACGGAAUUCCCGAAGUGACCGUGUUCUCGCAGAAACAGGUAAGUUGUAAAGAAGAGUUCAAGGCAUUGGUAGUUUCUAUGCCAAUUUCAGUUCUAAUUACGCCUUUUAUUGUCGUGGUCAAUAUCUAUUCCUAG